AUGAUUCUAGAAGAACAACGGUUUCUCCAUGAGGACCUGGAGCGGUUAGAGCAAGCCAUCACCGAGCGCGUGGCGGAAGACCCCAAAAAUAUCAAAGAAAGAUUAAUUCGCGACCACCAGAUCAACGGUUUCCUGACACGGAUACAAGAGCAAUCCAAACGAUUACUGGACAUCUACAAAGACACGGAAGGACUGCGCGCCAAAGAAGUCCAGAGUCUGUCGACAGGCGACCCCUUCGAAGAAUUCUACAAACAGUUAGAUGAAGUCAAGGAUUUCCACCGGCGCUAUCCCAAUGAACCGGUCGAGAACCUCGAGCGUGCGUACAAGCGCCGCCGGCCGGAAGAAGGCGAAACCCUCGUCACGGAAGUCGACAACAUGUUCACUGGUGAAGAGUCUAACGGCCGGUUCUUGGACCUGACAACCUUGCACGAAGACUAUCUCAACUUGCCGGGGGUCAAGCGCCUCACAUAUCUACAAUACCUGGACAAUUUCGACGCCUUUGAACCGCCGCGGCUGCCGCUUAAACGCCAGAACAAGCUGAACGACACAUAUCUGAAAUACGUGACUGAUUUGGACGGGUACCUGGAGAGCUUUGUGCGGAGGACGAGGCCGCUCGACGACCUCGAUAAGACGUUCUUGAGGAUCGACCGAGAUUUCGAGACGAGCUGGGAAGCAGGCACUGUGCCUGGAUGGACGAAAGAGAAAGACCACUCGACAGACCACUCCACAACAGCAGCGUCCGGGCCACGAACCGAAGGAACCGGUUCCGGGAUCUGGUGUCCGGAAUGUGAAAAGGAAUUCAACAACCACAACGUCUACAAGGCCCAUUUGACGGGCAAAAAGCAUCUGCGCAACGCAGAGGCCAAAAAGUCUUUGGCCAACGGAGGAACCACAGCCGACGGGUCGAAACCGACGUCAACGCCACUGUCGUCCUUCGCCAGCGCGCGUCUGAGGGAACGGGUGAUUGCAUCGCACGAGUUCCGGAUCCGCGCCCUGGCCGACCUGUUGUCUAACGAGCGCAGCAACACGCGUGUCAACGUGGAACGCAAACAAGGCAUGACCGAACGCGAGCGGCAGGCGGAACUGGAAGCUCUCUUCGCCGAAGACAACGCGGCCGUGGCGGCGUCGGAGCGGCGCGCAGGCGGCCACGGACACGGCGGCGACGAGUCAGGUUCGGAAUCUGACGGCGACGAAAAAAUCUACAACCCGCUGAAACUGCCGCUGGCGUGGGACGGCAAACCCAUCCCUUACUGGCUGUACAAGCUGCACGGCCUGGGCGUCGAGUUCCCGUGCGAGAUCUGCGGCAACUUCGUCUACAUGGGCCGCCGCGCCUUCGACAAGCACUUCAGCGAGGCCCGCCACAUCUACGGCCUCAAGUGUUUGGGCAUCACGGGCUCCGCGGCCGGCGGCCUGAGUCUUUUCCGCGAGAUCACGGCCAUUCAGGACGCCUUGGCCCUGUGGGAGAAGAUCAAGCGUGAGAAACGCCAGAAGGAGAGCCAGGAGGACAGUAUUGUCCAGAUGGAGGACGGCGAGGGCAACGUCAUGCCGGAGAGGAUCUAUCUCGAUUUGCAGAAGCAGGGUAUUCUGUAA